AUGACAGAAAAGGAAGUUAUUACACUCGAUAGCGAUUCCGACGAAGAUGAGGACUUGCGCCGCGCUAUUCAGCUGUCACUUCAAGACCAAAUUCAGAUGAACGACGCGGCUGCGGAUGCCUCCUCGGAUGCCGGAACUUCCGCGCCCGCGAAUCAUGCCACAUUCGCUGGUAUGCUCCUGAAUCGGAAAGAAAUGGAAGAGUCACGGUUGAAUCGACUUGGAAAGCGGCGCCGAAAUUCUAUCGAAGGUAGCACCCAGGAGCCUGACAUGAAGAGGUUGACAUCACAGCGUUCUGAACGAGCAGAAAGCUCGCAACCGCGAUACCUCCAAGGAACUGUGCGACGCACAUGGACCCGAGGGUAUCCUAAAACUUCCGAUGAUAUCACUGUUGAAGAAAUUUUACAAAAGGAUGACCUUCAACUUGCUCUACUGUCCUCUUUCCAGUGGGACGAAGAGUGGCUUCUAUCCAAGCUCAAUGCCAGCAAAACACGUAUACUGCUCCUUGCUUUCGCAGCGAGCGAAGAACAGAAACAAUUGAUGAGGGGUAAUGUGCCCAAGAACAUCAGAUUUUGCUUCCCGCCAAUGAACGGUCCAGGAUCGAUGCAUUCCAAGCUACAGUUCUUGAAAUUCCCCAAAUACCUCAGAUUAGUGAUCCCGUCAGGAAAUCUGGUGCCCUAUGACUGGGGCGAAACUGGAGUGAUGGAGAAUAUGGUAUUUCUCAUCGAUUUACCCCGUUUGGAAGCUAGCGGUAACCGCACAAUGACUGUCUUUGGGGAGAAUGUGGCCAGGUUCCUAAAAGCAUCUGGCGUAGAUGAGGCCAUGGUUGAGAGCAUCGCAAACUACGAUUUUUCCGCAACAGCAAACCUCGGGUUUGUUUACUCCAUACCAGGAGGUCACAUGGGGGAGGCUCUCCGUCAGGUCGGUUAUUGUGGCUUGGGAGCGACUGUAAGGGGUCUCGGCCUGGCUACGGACACACCUAUUGAAGUCGACCUGGCUUGUGCGUCGCUUGGUUCCAUCAAUUACGACCUCAUCAACGCGGUAUAUAAUGCCUGUCAAGGGGACGAUGGCAUGCAAGAGUACAACGCGCGCGUCGGCCGGAAGCUUAAAGACAAAGGGACACGACCCACGGGAAGGCUCCGGGAUCAGUUCCGAAUAUACUUCCCAACCGAUCGGACUGUUUCUGAGAGUAAAGGCGGACGACAAUCUGCCGGGACUAUUUGCGUCCAGGCAAAGUGGUGGAGGGCGCCAAGUUUUCCGAAGGAACUUGUUCGUGACUGCGUCAAUAACAGGGACGGGCUUUUGAUGCAUAGCAAGAUUAUCUUGGUGCGUAGGCCAGCAGCAGCGGAAUUGAUUGGUCAAACACCAGCCAUGGGAUGGGCCUACAUUGGCAGCGCCAAUCUUUCAGAGAGUGCUUGGGGCCGCGUAGUCAAGGAUAGAGGCACGGGGAGUGCCAAGAUGAGCUGUCGUAACUGGGAAUGCGGUGUAGUUGUACCAGUACAUGGAAAUCCUGGUAAUGGAUGCGACAUUACCAUCUUCUCGGGAGUGGUUCCCGUUCCCAUGAUGGUUCCCGGUCGCCCGUACAAGGACAGUGACGAGCCUUGGUUCUUUCUUGGUGGCCAGUAG